UCUGGAAGAAUCUGGCGUCAAACAAAGACGAUUUCACAAUGCUCGACGGGUGUAUAAAUUGAUCGAGCGUAAGUGCGCAGAUCGUCACAGUUGCCGAACCGAUCUCUCGAACGCUCCAACUUCCCUUGGACGACUUCGCUCCCAAAAUGGAUAUCUUUGGAGACAGCAAGACCACAGGCUUGGAAAAUCUCACUCUCGAGCAAAUGCUCGAGGAUAAUCUGCCAGAGCCCAUCCUCAAGGAAGUCAAUAGGAUCAUCUUCGGACGCGAAUGCGAGAAGCUGGAUCUGUUGAAAAUGGAGAAGGGCCAGAGCGUCGACGUACAGGGCUACAGAAUGGGCGGCGCCAUCGAGGAGCAGCUGCGACCACCGCGCAUCGUGCGCGUGGCGAUAGUUCAGCACUCGAUCGUUCUGCCGACAACUGCGCCGCUGCGCGAUCAGCGCGACGCUAUCCACAAGAAGGUUGCCGGCUACGUCGAGCACGCGGCCAAGUGUGGCGCCAACAUCGUCUGCCUUCAAGAGGGAUGGCACAUGCCGUUCGCCUUCUGCACCCGCGAGAAGUACCCGUGGUGCGAGUUCGCCGAAGACGCCGUCACGGGACUGUCGGUCGAGUUGAUGUCCGGACUGGCGCGCAAGUACGGCAUGGUCGUUGUGGCGCCGAUACUCGAGCGCGACAGUAUCAACGGCGACGUGCUUUGGAACGCCGCCGUGGUCAUCGGCCCCGACGGUAGGGUUAUCGGCAAGGACAGGAAGAAUCACAUCCCUCGCAAGAAUGAUUUCAACGAGUCCACCUACUAUAUGGAGAGUACUCUCGGACAUCCGGUUUUCGACACGCCUUACGGAAAGCUUGCUAUCAACAUCUGUUACGGUCGUCACCAUCCGCUCAACUGGCUGAUGUACGGGUUAAACGGCGCCGAGAUCGUAUUCAAUCCAUCCGCGACGACGAAGACGCUCUCGGAGCCAAUGUGGCCGAUCGAAGCACGCUGCCACGCCAUCGCAAACAGUUACUACACUUGUGCGAUCAACCGCGUCGGCACGGAGAUAUUCCCCGAUGCUUUUACCUCCGGCGACCAUAAGCCUGCUCACAACGAUUUCGGACAUUUCUACGGUUCGAGCUAUAUUGCUGCACCUGACGGUACCCGUACUCCUGGACUCAGCCGUAACACAGAUGGUAUUUUGAUCGCCGAGAUCGAUUUGAAUCUUUGCAGACAAAUUAAAGACUUCUGGGGCUUCCGAAUGACUUCGAGGCUGGAGAUGUACGCCAAGGAGCUCAACGACGUUGUCAAGCCGGAUUUCAAGCCUCAAAUUGUUAAGCCGUGAAUGAGCAAAUGACUUGUCGAAAAGUUGGCCUUCUCGUUUAUACAACUGAUCACUACACGAUCUGAUUCGCAUUUGCCAUUUCACUUUCAAUUUUCGUGUCACUCAAAUCAACGCGCAUUCAAUUUUACGAACCCCUAUGUCUAUGUGGUUCUUUAUUUAAUUUCAAUAAAACGUCGAGCACUUGUUAGAAUGAAAGCAGAAGGUGUGGUUUUUCAUUGUGACUUUCGCUUCCAAUACGCAAAAUACGCAUCGCCGACCAAGUCGACGCGACGUCACUUCGAAGAAAGGUUGAGAGCUCACUUUGAGCGAUCUCGCGUUCGCGCUGCGAAGACCACGAGACACGCCGAUGCGCGCGAUAUGGGUCAGAUUGAUAAUAAUGCAGCUCGCGGCUUCCUGUAAACGUAAAACACGCUCACGGCAGCCCGUCGGUCUUAUUCAACGCAGUUCUAUUUUGAGACUCCCCGCGGUCCGGAA